AUGGAGAAACUCGACACAAUCAAUACAAUCAACACACCCAAAACACCCUACACAAUCAAAAUCAAGACAGAAGACAAUAUCAAAUAUCCGUCGGAAGUUCACGACUUUAACACCAGUGUUUCCGCAAACAACAGUCCAAAAGAAGGGACUCCAAUCAUGCCUCCACUAUCCUACCAAAAGUUUAUUACGAAAUAUUCUGCAAUUUCGCCCACUUCCCAGCCUGCGAGCGCAUUCAGUGGAACCUUUUCUUCUAGCGACUCAGUCAAUUCCCCGACUGAGUCCACGUCGCCGCGCACACCAGCCUCAGCUGGUCUACCUGGUCAAUCCGGGAAGCGUCCGCACCGCCUGUUCAUCCCGCACCCAUCGAAGUUCACACCUGGUGUGGACUCUCCUCGAAGCUCAACUAGAAGUGCCACAGCAACACCUCGAAGUGCAGUACUUAGGAGUGCAUCCACUUGGAGUGCAGCCCCUUGGAGUGCGACGCCUAGAAGUGCAACCGAUUGGAGUGCAACGCCUAGAAGCGCAACUGGUCCUCUAAGAUCGCCAUUCUCGCCAUCAGAUUGGAGGGUACGCUAUUAUGAGGAACCUCUCAGCGCGAGGGGUGCAAGUCCCAGGACCAUCACCUUCAGGCAAAUUGUCACGCGCACAGUGACUUACAACAACAACAUCAACUCGUGCACUCAGCUUAGAGAGGCACCAAAAGGGAAACGACGCAAGUGCCAGGAGACCAAGGAGAAGGAAGUCGACCAGAAAGUCGUCGACCCGAAAGUUGAAUGA